GUUUAUUUAUUUUUAUUUGUGUUAAAAAUUAUUUCUAUUUUGUUUUGGAACAACAGCAAAAUGAAUUAAGCAAUGAAAUUGAAAAAACCUUCAUUGCCUUCUUCAUUGCUCUGCGCCGUCCCGCCUUGUCUCUCUCAAAUUCGCUUACUCAUCCCUCGCAGGGUAAGGGUUUCAUCAUCAACUUUCGCCAAUGCAAAGCUUGUAACUUUGAGAAACCACACUGUUAAUUUGCACAUAUAUUACUGUUCCAUGGCUGGUACUGAUAACCGCCGCUCUCGCCACGACGACGAAAGCCCUAAAAAUCCCAACAAGAAGAAGAAAGGAAACCGUAAUCCAGAAAAGAGUCUCCUUAUCAAUCUUCAUUCAUGUUCCAAGAGAAAGGAUCUCUCAGCUGCAUUGGCUCUUUAUGAUGCAGCUAUCACUUCCAGUGACAUUCGCCUCAACCAGCAACACUUCCAAUCCCUUCUUUACCUCUGCUCCGCGUUCAUUAGUGACCCAUCUCUUCAAACCGUUGCCAUUGACCGUGGCUUUCAAAUUUUUGACCGUAUGGUUAGUUCUGGGAUAAGUCCUAAUGAAUCAUCUGUCACUGCAGUUGCACGACUAGCUGCUGCCAAGGGUGAUGGAGACUAUGCUUUCAAGCUUGUUAAAGACCUUGUUGCUGUUGGUGGUGUAUCGGUCCCUCGUCUGAGAACUUAUGCUCCGGCUUUGCUCUGUUUCUGUGAUACUUUGGAGGCUGAAAAGGGUUAUGAAGUGGAAGAUCACAUGGAUGCUUCAGGUAUUGUGUUGGAGGAGGCAGAGAUCUCGGCUUUGCUAAAGGUAAGCGCUGCCACAGGCCGAGAAAACAAGGUUUAUAGAUAUCUGCAGAAGUUAAGAGAAUGUGUUGGCUGCGUUAGUGAAGAAACUUCAAAAGCAAUCGAGGAAUGGUUUUAUGGAGUGAAAGCUAGCGAAGUUAGUGAUAAUGGGAUUGGUUCUGAUAUUGAGCUGCUUAGAGCAGCUGUUUUGAAAAAUGGGGGUGGGUGGCAUGGUCUUGGGUGGGUUGGAGAAGGCAAAUGGAUUGUGAAGAAAGGUAAUGUUAGCUCAGCCGGGAAAUGUUUGAGCUGUGAUGAGCAUUUGGCUUGUGUUGAUACCAAUGAGGUAGAGACUGAAGAUUUUGUGAAUUCUUUGGUGACUUUGGCUAUGGAGAGGAAGGCAAAGAUGAAUUCAUGCGAGCCUAUGGCGGAUUUCAGUGAGUUUCAGGAGUGGCUUGAAAAGCAUGGAGAUUACGAAGCUAUACUAGAUGGAGCAAAUAUUGGGCUCUACCAACAAAAUUUUGCAGAUGGUGGUUUCAGUCUACCACAGCUUGAAGCUGUAGUGAAGGAACUUUACAAUAAAAGUGGUAGCAAAAAACAGCCGCUAAUUCUCUUGCACAAGAAACGGGUCAAUGCGCUUUUAGAAAACCCGAAUCACCGGAAUCUUGUGGAAGAAUGGAUUAAUAACAAUGUCCUGUAUGCGACUCCACCAGGUUCCAAUGAUGAUUGGUAUUGGCUCUACGCUGCUGCUAAACUCAAGUGUUUACUUGUGACUAAUGAUGAGAUGAGAGAUCACAUUUUUGAACUAUUAAGUAACAGUUUCUUCCAAAAAUGGAAAGAAAGACAUCAAGUUCGGUUUACCUUUGUGAAAGGCUGUCUCAAGCUUGAAAUGCCACCUCCUUUUUCAGUUGUGAUCCAGGAAUCGGAGAAAGGAUCAUGGCACGUUCCAAUCACGAGUCAAGACAAGGAGGAAUCUUUAAGAAGUUGGAUGUGCAUUACAAGGCAGAGUUCAUAGAUUCACUCUAUUUGUCUUAAGUAUCAUUUGAGCAGUCUUUGACGAUUAUGUUCAAAGAGCCAAUUUUCCACCGUCAGAUGUUAGAACUCGAAUCAGUUUUUCACCAUUGAUUAGUCUUUUUUUUUUCUAUCUCCCUUUUGGUAGAGUUAAAGCAAAUGAAAAAGAAUCCUCACUUGUCCCUUUUUUUUUUUAAAAUUGAAAUAGAGAUGUUUCCAGUUUCAGUUUCUAA